UUCUAGAAAUGCUAAAUUAAUUUUCCUGUGUGUGCUGGGUUGUCUGAGAGAAAGCAUUCAAUAGUAUAGACCCAGAUAUAGCAGCAUCAACUAUACACAUUUAGUAGACCCAGUCUCAGUCGAAACUAUUGAUAAGAUGUCGGAACACAAGUACCACUUGAAGAAGGAUGCCACUUUCUAUGCGGAAAGGGAAUCGCACCAAGAUCUAUUGACUCGCACCUACGGAUUCUUGAAGGCGUCUCGAAUGGACACGCCCAUCCCGCAGAAGCGUGCAUCCAUGGAUGCGCACACCCUUAUGGAGCGAUUGCACACCAUUAACGACCAGCUCAUCCAGGACCAAGAAGACACCGAUUCGGACAAUUGGUCGACUUUAAUGUCCUCGGGGGAGUCGGAGUGCGUCGGAAAGUCGGAUUUUGAACUCAAACGCAAGCUCUUCGAUGCAGCCGAAUUUACCAUAACUCGGGGCACCAAGCUAAGUGAGAUAUUUUGCCCCAAAGAGUCUGGCCUGCAACUGCCACUUGCUGCAAAGGAACAUGCGACUUUGGCCUCGUUUGAGGAAAUGAAGACCUUCUGUCGCCGAAUGAACAUCCAUUUGGACAGAUGAGUCGAUGCGAGGAUUGCGGAAAAUUUGUAUAUAUAUAUUUUACUUUGCUUACAAAUAAAAUCUUUCAUACUCGUAUUUCUUACCUUUAUUUUGACCAUCACCUUGUCCCUGUGCA